UGGGAAUUAUUAGAUCCAUCUUGGAGAAAAGCUUUAUUACCUGACACUUUUGACAAUGAACAAACUUAUCAAGAUUGGUUUAUUUCAAUAUUAAAAUUAACCAGUGGUACUUACAUUAAUAAUGAUUGGCCUCCUUCUUUAAAAGAAUACCUUCAAUUGGUGAAAGAAUUACCUUUACCUAGAAUGCACUCACAAACUAUUGGUAGACGAUCUAGCCAAGGUGGAUAAGCAUACGUUAGCAGGCGGCAUGUCAGACAAAAAAAUACAUGAAGUAGAACUAUUAGCUAAACUAAUCAAAACUGUGGGUGAUGAACAUCAUGUUUCUCAAGUACUGGAUCUUGGAUCAGGUCAAGGUUAUCUUUCUCGAAUUUUGGCGUUUAAACAUGGAAUGCGAGUGCUUGCUGUGGACAUGAGUGAAAUACAAACAAAGGGGGCUGAACGAUUUGAUCAACGAGCUAUUAAGGCGUUAUCUAUAUCUGGUAACAAAAACAACAAUGACAAUGAUGAUACCAUUUCUGUCAGUCAAGAGAAUCUCAAACAUGUUACUGAAAUGGUGACUCCUGAUAACGUUGGACAAGUACUCUCAAGAUGGACAGUGAAUCAAGAAGACAAAAACAAUGAUUGGAUUGUAUGUGGUUUACAUACAUGUGGUGAUUUAUCAACUUCUAUGUUUCGUUUAUUUGCUGAAAGUAAUCAAAUCAAAUGGUUGGUGAAUGUUGGUUGCUGCUAUCACUUUUUAUCUGAAGAUGGACCUCAACCGGGAUUUCCAAUGAGUGAUGGAUUGAAAAAAAAAGGUUAUCAAUUAGGAAAUAGUGCCCGGGUAUUAGCCUGUCAAUCACCUUCAAAAUGGACUGAUCCGAUCAUUGGACAGCAAUCUUUCAAUCAAUAUUUUUAUCGGGCGGUUUUAUUGCAUACUAUUGUUGAUAAAGGAUUGGCAAAGAAGGCACCUCCAAUUGGAAUGAUUAAACGGAAAAAGACAUACCUUCAAUAUUAUCAAACGGCGAUGAAACGAUUGGAUUAUGGAUCUGAAGUUAUUACUGAAGAAGAAGCUGAAGAAUAUUAUCAAUUGUAUAAGGAUCAACAUGUUGACAAACAGAUCAUUGUAUUAUGGACAUUAAGAGUAUUAUUGGCACCUGUAUUAGAAAGUCUCAUCUUGAUAGAUCGAUGGAUAUACUUAAAAUCUUUGGUGGAAAGUACUGAUAGUAAGAACAAAGGUGUUUGGAUGUGGCCAUUAUUUGAUUCCUUAGCAUCUCCUCGAAAUAUGUGUAUUGUAGUAUCAAAAUAAGAUAGAUUAGAUUAUUAUAAUAAAAUAUAUACAAUUA